AGCGCUCUCGAUGACGCAGACGGCGGGAGUCUAGCAGUGAAGUAAACAUUCAGUCCGUCAUUGAUCAGAAUGAACAAUGGACAUCAGAAAUCUUCUGCAGUAAACACACUGUAAAGCUUCUGCACGCCACCGAUCAGCCGAACACGCAGGGACAUCUUCAUGUAGCUCGGUGUGAUGCAGGCCGUGGAGGAAGCGGAGUCCUCGCUCUCGGACAGAGUUGAGGUGAUGGGUGUGAGGGAGCAGGAGGACAGAUCCACAGAAGAGGACACAGAAAAAGAAAGUGAAGAGGCCACUAAAGCCGAGGACACGACAGAGGACGAAAAAGAUGAGGAAAAAGGCAAAGAGUUUACGGAAGCAGACAAACAGAAAGAGGGAACAAAGGAGGGCGAAGACAUGACCAACGGCGGCCAGAACCAACAGGAGGAGGACGACUGGGAAAUCCCAUACAGUGACGAGGAGCUGGAGGACCCCAAAAACUGGAUGCCUCCACCUGAGGAGAUCAAGCGCUUGUAUGAGCUGCUGGCUAAAGGAGAAAUGCUGGAGCUGAAGUGGAUCCCUCUGCCUCGCAGACCUCCGACUCCACCACGCACUCCUUCUCCAGAGAGAGAUGGAGAGAACUCGGACGAGGACAAAGAGGAGGAGAGCGAGCGCAAGCCUCCCACACCCACGGAGUUUGAUUUUGAUGAAGAGCUAACCUCAAUGACUCCCAAGAGCGCUUUCCUUGUCCGGCGCAGAACACCAGGCUCCUCCGCUCGUUCCACGGUGAAGCGAACAGCUCAGCUCGACAAGGUGCUCUCUGAUAUGAAGCGCCACCAAAAGCUUGAAGAACAGAUCCUCAGGACGGGUCGCGACCUUUUCAAAAGCGAAAAAUCCACACAGGAGCGCUCAUCUCCCAGCAGUCAGCGGGAACGAGACAAGGAGAGAGAGAGAGACAGCGAUCCCAGCACCAUCUUCAGCCCCAGACAGAGGAGAUACUGAGUGCAUAUAGCGGAAUGGGGACAAGUUUGGGUCACACCCUUAUUUUGGGCCUAUGAUCCAUUUUUUAGAACAGACGAUGACUUGUUUCUUUGUUUAUUUUGAGGGUUUUUUUUUUUACAAUCCGGUUUAAACAUACUUGUGGAUUUGAGUGAUUGUGUUGAUGUGAAAUGUAUGAAAGAGAUUCCAGGCAAAACAUUAUUCAGUUGAAUAAAUGUCUUAUGUUGA